UGACCGACCAACCAGAGAUUUUUGUUUCACCUUCGAGUACAACCCCCCGAACUCGGCAAUUUCAACACGGGUCCGUGUUAAAUUGUUUAAUUUAUAAUAUAUCAGUUUGUUCUAUACCGUACAGGUGGUCAAGUUUAAUCCUGGAUACCUCUUCGUUAACGCAAUUUUCAUUGACGUGCGAUUGAAUUUCGGACGAAAACGGUGGACGGAACGAUAACCCCAGGACCUUUGAUGCGUUGGAAGAUGCCGAAUGUGGCGGUCGUCGCCGUCGCCGCUGCCGCUAUGUUGCUGGUCACCGCGGAAACGGUGUUGACGGCCGGUAGCGGUGGUGGUGGUAGUGGUGGCGGCGGUGGCGGCGGCGGCGGUGGACGACAACGCGGCGCGGCCACCGCCGCCGCCGACCGUCAGCAGGACUUUGACAGCGGYGACGACGAGUCCCCGCGGACGCCAGCCGCCGUCCAGUGCGCCAAUUGCUUUGGCCAUGAGGGAAUCAAGUCGCUGAGCAUCGAGCUGAUCAAAGCGUCGAUACUGAACAAACUAGGCAUGCAGCGGCCGCCAGAAUUCGGUGGUCGACUGCCGCCUCGGGUGCCCACCGAUCUGCCACCGCUGCAAGCUCUCAUCAACAAGUACAACAACGAAAAUAGUGGCUCGGUGGUGGUGCUCCCUCACAUCCGGCAUAAGUCACACCACCAAGACGCGAACGGUGACAGCGCUACCGAUAUGCAGAGCGACGAAGCGACUGGUUAUUCGACCACCACGGCCGCUGCGGCCAUGGACAACAUCAAUGGCUAUAGCGGCGGCGGCGGUGACAACGACGACGACGACGACUAUCAUGUCAAGACGCACAAGCUGAUAGCGUUCGCUCAGCCGCAUCCUACGACGCCGAAACUACGAGGCCACUAUCCGCUCUACUUUACGUUCUCCGAGCAGACGAGUCAGCAACGGAUCACCGAAGCGAUCCUGUGGCUGUACAAGAAACGGCUGGACGUGGUCAUCGACGACGCGGUGGUCAUGAUCGAUGUGUUCAGGAUCAAUCCAAACACCAUGCAUCAGACGUUCGUGUCCAGCAUAAAGCGCGUGGUCAACACCACCGAACCGGGCUGGGUGCCCAUUGACCUACAGAGGCGCAUGUCCGACUGGUUCAAGACCACGGACGGGACCAAGAACCUGACGUUAGUGGUGCACGCGUACUACGUGAACAAGAACACCACGCACGUCAGGACGCCUUACGUAACGGACGCCAGGAAAAGAGAAGACAUGGCCGAGAUCCCGUACUUGGAGGUGCACACACGGGAGGACCGGCGGUCCCGGGCCAGGCGGAACGCGGCUUCCGGGCUGACGUGCAACGAGACGUCCACAGAAACCCGGUGCUGUCGGUUCCCGCUGACGGUCGACUUCGAAGAGUUUGGAUGGCACUGGAUCAUCGCGCCCAAGCGGUACGUGGCCAACUACUGUUCUGGCGCAUGCGACCCGAUGCUGUUCCCGAAGUACCCACACACGCACCUGGUGCAGAUGACCAAGUUCGGCACGGGACCGUGCUGCGCGCCCCGCAAGAUGUCCGCCAUAUCCAUGUUGUACUACGACCCCGACUUCAACAUUAUCUACGGCAUGUUGCCUGGCAUGGUGGUGGACAGAUGCGGCUGUACCUAAUCGAUGGCAACGCCAGUCGCUCACCUUUCGCCACCAAUG